CGGGGCCGGCGGUUCCAGUGGCGGCGGCGCGGGAGGGGCGCAGUGCCUGCCGAGCACCCUCCCGAGCGCGAUCUCCGGCCUGCUCGCCAUGGGCGACCACGACGUCUCCCCGAACCCCAAGGGCUCCUUCCGAAAGUUCCUGGAGCAACUCUCCGGGGCCGGCAAAGCCAUAGGCGUGCUGACCAGCGGCGGGGAUGCCCAAGGUAUGAACGCUGCUGUCCGAGCUGUCGUGCGCAUGGGAAUAUACGUGGGGGCCAAAGUGUACUUUAUCUACGAGGGUUACCAGGGCAUGGUGGACGGUGGCAGCAACAUUGUGGAAGCCGACUGGGAAAGUGUCUCCAGCAUCCUGCAAGUGGGAGGGACCAUUAUUGGCAGCGCCCGUUGCAAGGACUUCCGUUCUCGGGAAGGCCGCUUGAAGGCUGCUCAUAACUUGGUUCAGCUGGGCAUCACCAACCUGUGUGUGAUCGGCGGGGACGGGAGUCUCACCGGGGCCAAUAUCUUCCGGAAGGAGUGGAGUGGGCUGCUGGAGGAGCUGGCCCGGGAGGGCAAGAUCAACACGGAGGAGGUGGAGAAGCACGGGUACCUCAACGUGGUGGGGAUGGUGGGCUCCAUUGACAACGACUUCUGCGGCACCGACAUGACCAUCGGCACGGACUCUGCCCUGCACCGCAUCAUCGAGGUGGUGGACGCCAUCAUGACGACCGCCCAGAGCCACCAGAGGACCUUCGUCCUGGAAGUUAUGGGGAGGCACUGCGGGUACCUGGCCCUGGUGAGUGCGUUGGCCUGUGGGGCCGACUGGGUGUUCCUUCCGGAAUCUCCACCAGAAGAAGGUUGGCAGGAAAACAUGUGCAUCAAACUCUCAGAGAACCGUGCCCGGAAAAAAAGACUGAACAUCAUCAUUGUGGCCGAAGGAGCCAUCGACACCCAAAACAAACCCAUCACCUCGGAGCAAAUCAAGGAGCUCGUGGUCACACAGCUGGCUUAUGACACUCGGGUGACUAUCCUUGGACACGUGCAGAGAGGUGGGACGCCUUCAGCCUUUGACAGGAUUUUGGCCAGCCGCAUGGGGGUGGAGGCCGUGGUCGCCCUCCUCCAGGCCACCCCCGAGACCCCGGCCUGCGUGGUAUCGCUGAGCGGGAACCAGGCGGUGCGGCUGCCGCUGAUGGAAUGCGUGCAGAUGACCCAGGAAGUACAAAAGGCAAUGGAUGAGAGGAGAUUUAAGGACGCUGUGCGACUCCGAGGAAGGAGCUUCGAGAACAACCUGAACACCUACAAGCGGCUCGCCAUCAAGCUGCCGGACUCCCAGAUCCCUAAGAGCAACUGCAACGUGGGCGUCGUGAACGUGGGUGCGCCCGCCGCCGGCAUGAACGCGGCCGUGCGCGCGGCCGUGCGCGUGGGCAUCGCCGACGGACACAAGGUGUUUGCUGUGUACGACGGCUUUGAGGGCUUCGCCAAAGGCCAGAUAAAGGAAAUUGGCUGGGCAGAUGUUGGCGGCUGGACCGGCCAAGGCGGCUCCAUUCUUGGGACAAAACGCACCCUCCCUGGGAAGUACCUGGAGGACAUCGCCGCUCAGAUGCACAUCCAUGGCAUCAACGCGCUCUUGAUGAUCGGUGGAUUCGAGGCCUACCUGGGGCUGCUGGAGCUGUCGGCCGCCCGGGAGAAGCACCAGGAGUUCUGCGUCCCCAUGGUCAUGGUUCCCGCCACCGUCUCCAACAACGUGCCCGGCUCCGAUUUCAGCAUCGGGGCAGACACCGCCCUCAACACCAUCACCGACACGUGUGACCGCAUCAAGCAGUCGGCCAGCGGGACCAAGCGCCGCGUCUUCAUCAUCGAGACCAUGGGGGGCUACUGCGGCUACCUGGCCAACAUGGGGGCGCUGGCUGCUGGCGCCGAUGCCGCCUACAUCUUCGAGGAGCCUUUCGACAUCCGGGACCUGCAGUCCAACGUGGAGCACCUGACGGAGAAGAUGAAGACCACCAUCCAGAGGGGACUCGUGCUCAGGAACGAGAGCUGCAGUGAGAACUACACCACCGACUUCAUCUACCAGCUCUACUCAGAGGAGGGCAAGGGGGUGUUCGACUGCAGGAAGAACGUGCUGGGUCACAUGCAGCAGGGUGGGGCGCCUUCUCCAUUUGAUAGAAACUUUGGAACCAAAAUUUCCGCCCGAGCCAUGCAGUGGAUCAGCACGAAGCUGAAGGAGUCUGCGGGGAGAGGAAAAAGAUUUGUAAGUGACGAUUCCGUCUGUGUGCUGGGAAUAAGCAAAAGAAACCUGCUCUUCCAGCCUGUGGCCGAGCUGAAGAAGGAGACAGACUUCGAGCACAGGAUCCCCAAGGAGCAGUGGUGGCUGAAGCUGCGGCCCCUCAUGAAGAUCCUGGCCAAGUACAAGGCCAGCUUCGAGGUGUCGGACGCGGGCCAGCUGGAGCCCGUGCAGCCCCGUGGCCCUGAAGAGCCUGCCACCAUCUAGAUGCCCCACCUGCCCGUUUUGUAACGUUUAAGUUAUUCAUGAGCACUUUACGCGAGCAUCGUCCAAGUGAACCCUGAGCGCGGCCCGCCUUCCCCGUCCCCUGGCCCCCGGCACGGGGUGUCAGCAGUGCUGUCUUCUGUGUCCUGCUUCACAAACUGUGGAUCCUGCAGAAUUAAACGUUUGCUAAAAGCCAA